AUGUCAAUAGGAUCACAUUCAUUCUCUCCAGGAGGUCCUAAUGGGAUUAUUAGAAGUCAGUCCUUCGCUGGCUUCAGCGGGCUUCAAGAGAGACGCUCCAGGUGUAACUCCUUCAUUGAAAAUUCCUCUGCCCUCAAGAAGCCCCAAGCAAAGGUGAAGAAAAUGCAUAAUUUGGGCCAUAAGAACAGCACCACGUCCAAAGAGCCUCAGCCUAAAAGGAUGGAAGAGGUCUACCGAGCCCUGAAGAGUGGCCUGGAUGAGUAUCUGGAAGUUCACCAGACAGAGCUGGAUAAGUUGACUACUCAGUUAAAAGAUAUGAAAAGAAACUCACGCCUGGGAGUCCUGUAUGAUUUAGAUAAGCAAAUCAAAGCGGUCGAAAGAUACAUGAGAAGGCUGGAGUUCCACAUUAGCAAGGUGGAUGAACUUUAUGAAGCCUAUUGUAUCCAAAGACGUCUCUGUGAUGGUGCCAGCAAAAUGAAGCAAGCCUUUGCAAUGUCUCCUGCCAGCAAAGCAGCUCGAGAGAGUUUAACUGAAAUUAAUAGGAGUUACAAGGAGUACACAGAGAACAUGUGUACCAUAGAAGCAGAGCUGGAAAACCUAUUGGGGGAGUUUUGCAUCAAGAUGAAAGGUCUGGCUGGCUUCGCUCGGCUCUGCCCAGGAGAUCAGUACGAGAUUUUCAUGCGUUAUGGUCGCCAGCGCUGGAAACUGAAAGGCAAAAUAGAAGUGAAUGGCAAGCAGAGCUGGGACGGAGAAGAAAUGGUUUUCCUCCCUCUCAUUGUUGGGCUGAUCUCCAUUAAGGUCACAGAAGUUAAAGGACUUGCUACUCACAUCCUGGUGGGAAGUGUUACUUGUGAGACAAAAGACCUGUUUGCAGCUCGGCCUCAGGUGGUUGCAGUAGACAUUAACGACCUUGGCACAAUAAAGCUGAACCUUGAAAUCACCUGGUACCCCUUUGAUGUUGAAGACUUGACCCCAUCCACUGGAAAUGUGAGCAAGACAUCUGCUCUCCAGAGGAGAAUGUCCAUGUACAGCCAAGGCACUCCUGAAACACCAACUUUCAAGGACCACUCAUUCUUUAAGUGGCUGCAUCCUCUGCAAGAGAGGCCAAAGUUGACACUCUUAGAUGCUCUGCAAGACACUUUCUUUGACAAGCUUCGUCGCAGUCGCUCUUUUAGUGACCUGCCAUCGCUCAGACUAAGCCCACAAGCAGGGCUAGAGCUAUAUUCAAAUUUGCCUGAUGAUGUCUUUGAAAACGGAACAGUGACCACCGAGAAGCGACCUCUUUCUUUCACUUUUGGCGACCUGCCUUACGAAGACCACAUGCCCCCUGCUAACUCAGCAGAGUCGUCUUCUGCUCUUGUCAGCUCCAGUCCUGACAUCACCACAACCCCCACCCAGCACCAAGCUCUCAACUCCUCCAAGAGCUCAAGCCUGGACUGUAGCAGCAGUGAUUCCUGCAGAGACUCUGUCGCUGAGCCGAAGGACCUGCCACCCCAGGGAAAGGGAGCAGCAGAUGAGAACAAGGCCACCCCAAGGGUAGCUCCUGAAGUUUGCCAAAAACCCUCUGAUGCUGGGAGUGAUCAUGUCUUUAUAGAAACAAGUGUCCCAGUGUCUCUCCUGCAGGACACAGAUGAAGGUUCAGAGCUCAAGCCUGUGGAGCUGGAUACCUAUGAGGGCAACAUCACAAAGCAGCUGGUAAAAAGGCUUACAUCAGCAGAGGCACCCAUGACCCCAGAGAGGCUGCCAUGUGAGGGAUCAAUUAGUGGGGAAUCAGAAGGAUAUAAGUCUUACCUCGAUGGAAGCAUUGAAGAAGCACUGCAAGGUCUUCUCUUAGCUCUUGAGCCUCACAAAGAGCAGUAUAAAGAGUUUCAGGACUUGGACCAAGAAGUGAUGCAUCUAGAUGACAUCCUAAAAUGCAAGCCAGCAGUAAGCCGAAGCAGGUCCUCCAGUUUAAGUCUAACAGUUGAAAGUGCUUUAGAAAGCUUUGAUUUCCUGAACACCUCUGACUUUGAUGAUGAGGAUGGUGGUGGUGUGGAGGUUUGUAAUGGUGGAGGAGGUGCAGACUCGGUAUUUUCAGAUACUGAGAUUGAGAAGAAUAGUUACAGGACAGAGCACCCGGAAGCCAGAGGCCACCUGAGUGAAGCUCUCACAGAGGACACAGGUGUGGGCACCAGCGUAGCUGGCAGCCCUCUGCCCCUGACCACAGGGAACGACAGCCUCGAUGUAACCAUAGUUAAGCACUUGCAGUACUGCACACAGCUCAUUCAGCAAAUUGUGUUCUCCAGUAAGACACCAUUUGUGACAAGAGACCUGCUGGAUAAGCUGUCCAAGCAGAUCCUAGUGGUGGAGAAUAUUGCAGAGAUCAGCACUGAGAACUUGGGAAACAUCACCUCCCUUACUGAUGCAAUUCCAGAGUUCCACAAGAAGCUGUCACUGCUGGCAUUCUGGAUGAAGUGUACUGGCCCUUCAGGAGUGUAUCACACAUCUGCAGACAAGAUGAUGAAACAGCUGGAUAUCAAUUUUGCUACCACUGUCAAUGAGGAGUGUCCAGGGCUAGCAGAAACAGUCUUCAGGAUCCUGGUGUCUCAGAUCCUGGAUCGGACAGAGCCUGUCCUCUACUCCAGCAUGUCCUCCGAGAUCAUCACUGUCUUUCAAUAUUACAAUUAUUUUGCCAGCCAUAGCGUUAAUGACCUUGGAAGCUAUUUGCUGCAGCUUGCAAAAGAAGCCUCUGUGGUUCAGGUGCUGCAGUCAGUGAAAGACGGAAAACUGCAGCAAAAUGUGGCCAAAAUAAACUCCAAUAAUCUUCCACCACAGCAAGAAGUUUUGAGAGCUUUGGCUUUGCUUCUCAAUGAAAACAAAAAUGAAGUCAGUGAGACUGUGGCAUCACUUCUGACAGCCACAGCAGAAAACAGGCACUUCAGGGAGAAGGCCUUGAUUUAUUACUGUGAAGCACUAACCCAGCCCAAUCUCCAGCUGCAGAAAGCAGCUUGCUUGGCUCUAAGAUACCUCAAGGCUACUGAGAGCAUUAGAAUGCUGGUCACACUCUGCCAGUCUGACAAUGAAGAGAUCAGAAAAGUGGCGUCCGAAACCCUGCUCUCACUUGGUGAAGAUGGGAGACUGGCAUAUGAACAGCUGGACAAAUUUCCCCGGGAAUUUGUUAAAGUUGGAAGCAGACGUGGAACUGAAGCAGCCACAGCUUUCUAG